AUGGGUGGGGGGGCAUCGUCGGCCGCUGGGUUCGGAGCCGCUACCAGCAAGAUGGGCGAGUCCGACUUGAAAGACAUUGUGUCGGCUAUGGACCCGGAGACACUGGAGAAGCUACACAAAGUCGUCACAGAAGUGGCGGGCACGAAGGCCAGCAGAAAAAAGGGCAGUCCCACCGCCGGGGACGGCGCAGGCAACUUCAAAGAGGCCUCGGAAAUGAAACGUGCCAUGUUCGCCUGGAGUUCCGACAUUGCUUUCGAAGCGCUCAAGGAGAUCUCACUGGCUGAAAAGAUGCCCAUGGGGAUCACGGGCAAGUACCUCAUCCUCGACUCGGUCUUCAAAGGCGACCUGGGCUGGAGGGAAGGAAGCUGA